AUGUGCGCGGGCUCGGCGCCGUGGCAGCAGCGCGGGCAGGAGCCGGAGGAGGAGUGCCGCCGGGAGUACCGGCGCUGCCUGGAGCGCGAGUGGUGCCGGGGCCGCUCCGAGCCUUGCUCCGACCCGUCGUUCGGGGCGCGGCUGCGGCAGCGGCUGCGGCGGGAGCCGGCGCUGCUGGCGGCCCUGCAGCCCGACGGCCCCGCGCUGCUGUCCCGAGGGCUGCGGGGCCACCCGGACCCGGGCCCGGCGCUGCGGGGCCUCGCCGCCGCCUUCCGGCUGCUGGAGCGGGCGGCCGCCAACCUCUACCUGUUCCCGUGGCGCAGGGAGUUCGGCACCGUGCGGGUGAGCAGCGGGCCGCGGCGGGGAUGGCUCCCGGGCCGCGGUGGGGAGGGCUCAGCCGCGUCCCGUCUCUCCUCGCAGACCUUCUCCGGCGCCUACGUGCACUCGCUGCGCCCUGCGUUCCCCGAGCCCGACCUGGAGCGGAGCUUCGGCCGCCUGGGCUACGAACGGCGCGACCCGCAGUGCUGGACCGUGUCCCGGCUGCCCCCUGCACCGGAGCUGGCGGCCGCCGCCUGCGGCUUCUUCGCCUGCCGCCUGGAGUGCGAGCUGCUGGCCGAGGUGGUGCGGCGGCUGCAGCCGCGCCGGCUGCGUGCACAGGAGCUGCUGGAGGCGCGGCGGCUGGCCGCGGACCUGGAGGCCUGCGUGGAGAUGCUGCGGCAGCGCGCGGCUGCCGGCGCCUGCCGGGACAGCCAGGAGCUCUACCGGGAGACACUGGACAGCCUCCAGGACGCAGGAGGAGAGGAUGCGGCCCCUCACCUUUCACUGGAGCAAGCCCUGGGCCAGGCUGGGAGCCCCAUCUCCACCCUGGCUGCGGAGAGCAGAAGCCCCCAGCUGCCAGAGGAGCCCCAGGCUUCGUCCCCCCUGGCAGCCCCCGAGCUGCCCUGCUACCAGCUGCACUCCUGCCUGCGCCCGGGCGCGCUGCCCUCCUACUGCUGCACCACGUGCCAGCGGCUGCACGCCAGCGCCUGCAGCGCCGGGCAGCUGUGCCGCAGCCAGCACCACGGGCAGGAGCUGCGUGGGGAGAGGCAGCGACGGCUCUGGCUGCAGCGGACUGAGGUGGACAUGCUGCUGGCUGAUGGCUCUGGGCCCUGCUCCUAG